UCUUCAGUGCUUUCUUUUCUUAUUAUUUUCAUCUCUCUUUUGAAGCACAUUCAUGGCUUCUCUGUGCUCUCUUCUCUCUCUUUCUCUAAUGUCUUCCAACUUAUCCCCUUCCUUAAUCACAUUCUCUCACUUUUAAUCCCUUAACUCUUAAACAUCUAUUUUCUAGUUACAACUGUUUAUCUUCAUUAGAGGAAAGAAAGAGAUGAAUGCUGGCGUGUCUCUUGAGCACAAUUUCAGCAUGUUGCUGCUUAAGCUGUUUGUGGUUCUUGCCUGCUUCCAUGAAUGCUUAUCCGAUCUUCAAGUUCAUCAUAAAGGUUAUAUGUUAACCGGUAGAGCAACUGGUGAUUUUGUACCUAAAAUUACUCCAACGGCAUCUCCUCAACCAUUUCUUCCUCUACUUGCACCUUCUCCUCUAUCAACCUUCACAAAUAGCACUUCUCCUAAAUUAUCAGGACUCUGUAUGUUAAAUUUCACUGCUGCUCAAAGCUUGAUAAGCAUUACGUCAAUUGAUUGUUGGGCUGCAUUUGCUCCACUAUUGGCAAAUGUAAUAUGUUGUCCACAACUACAUGCUACUCUUGUGAUUCUUGUUGGUCAAUUGAGUAAAGAAACUGGUGUGCUCGCUCUAAACAGAACCCUUGCCAAGCCUUGUUUAUCAGAUAUUGAGCAAGUCUUGGCUGGCCAGGGUGCUGGUGACGGUCUCAAUCAAGUUUGUUCGAUUCAUUCAUCAAACCUUACUGAAGCAUCUUGUCCCGUAAAAGAUGUUGAUGAAUUUGAGAACAUGGUAAACUCUUCUGAGCUUCUUGCUUCAUGUGAAAAGAUUGAUCCUGUUAAAGAAUGUUGUGACCAAGUUUGUCAAGGUGCAAUAUCUGAUGCUGCAACAAGACUUGCAUUGAAAGCUUCUGAUCCUCUAAGCAUGGAUGGACCUCAUGUUUUACCUCAGCACACAACAAGGAUAAAUGAUUGUAAAACCGUUGUGCUUCGAUGGUUGGCAAGUAAACUUGACCCUUAUCAUGCAAAGGAAGUUCUUAGAGGAUUAACCAAUUGCAAUGUUAACAAAGUUUGCCCUCUCGUUUUUCCCAACAUGAAGCAUGUGGCAAAUAGCUGUGGAAACGGAAUAAGUGACCAAACAGCUUGUUGUGAUGCUAUGAAUAGCUAUGUCUCUCACUUACAAAAGCAGACCCUAAUCACCAACUUACAAGCUUUGGACUGUGCUACCUCGUUAGGGUUGAAGCUCCAAAAAUACAAUAUCACCAAAGAUGUUUAUAGCCUAUGUCACAUAAGCCUUAAGGAUUUCUCUCUUCAAGUCGGAAGUCAAGAAUCUGGAUGUCUCUUACCAAGCUUACCUUCUGAUGCAACAUUGGACAAGUUUUCCGGGAUCAGUUUCAUUUGCGAUCUAAAUGAUAAUAUUCCAGCUCAAUGGCCGUCUCUGUCACUACUGCCAGCUUCAUCAUGCAAUAAGACUAUCAGAAUUCCUGCACUACCUGCCGCCACAAAUGCUCAAAGUGGUCUUAACACAGAAUAUAUCGUAGUUUAUCUCCUCGUUGCAUAUUCAACGGCCAUAAUGAUGCUCUUAUAGGUCUAGUUUGAGGCUAAUUCAAGAAUCCUGUCAUUAAUUGAAGCUGAAGAUAACUAGAAGAAGGUUAUACGCAAUCAUAUAAGCAUAACUCCUGGUUCAAAGGCUCGUGUUAAAAGCUUGAUUCAAGUUCAUCUAUAUGAUCAUAUUAAUUCAAUAUUCUUGCAGGUUUUAUAUAAUAAUAUUUUGUAAAGUAAAUAACAUGGGAGAAAGACAAAUAUAUGUUGUAUUGUAUCUAUACAAGUAUCUUGAGUACAAAAUGUAAAUUUUGAUUGGUAGGUUGAAAGGUUUUACCUUAUUUUAUUGAAAA